AUUCGUCGAACGACGAUUUCAGUUCGUAUCAGCCCCCAGUCCAGUCGUGCGUGUGUGUGUCUGUAUACGUCUGCGCAGUUGAAUUUGGAAGUGGGAAAGCGAAAAUGGCAGCAGAAUCAAACAAUCUCGAAGAAAUAUUGAGACCCUUUUACCAGAGAGCUUCAGAAGCGGAGGACCGCUUAGCAAGACUUGAAGCUUCCCUGGCAGGAAAAAAAGAGUCUGGAAAUGAGGAACUGCUUAAGUUGGCUGAUGAACUCCAGUCAAGGUUAGAAACUGCAAAAGCGGAGCAAGUUGCAGAAAGAGAAAAGGCUAUGAAGGAGGUGCAAUACCUUACUGCCGAAAAUGCAAAGCUACAAUAUCGGAUAAUCCAUCUUGUUCGAGCGUUAAAGGAGGCUGAUAGCAAGUUAGCUGCGAAGAGUGAUCUAAUCCUCUACCCUUGACAGCAGCGGUGUUUGAUACCAAUUCUCAUUUAACGAUUCUCAGAGCUAGACGGCAACUAUUAUUUCUGCUUACUUCACUCUGCAAAACCUUUUUCAACUUGCUUUACCUCUCAUGGUUGUCAAGUUUCUCAAUAGAUCAAUUUGAAUAUCCGUUAUCAGUGCAGUGCAUUCUGUUUAAACCAUUGUUGAUUGUAAAGUAAUGCUCUAGCUUACAUGCAGAGAGAAAUUGUCUUUCCCACUGCUUCCCGAUUUUUCAGUCCCAGCAUUGUCUUGCAUCGUUAUAAUCUGUAAAAGCAUACAUUGAGCA